UUUUAUUCCGCAGCGCUUUAGCUGAAAAUUUCUACAGCAACUGCCGUUAUAAUGUGCUAAGCGUGAGCAAAGCUUGUCAAACCUACGCCUAAGCCAAAUCCAAGCCCAACAAGAGCCACCAUAGCAAUCGAUAGCAACAUGGACAUGACUAAGGACAUCAUGGACUUCGAGCUGAAGCUGGAGUGCGAUCAGUUCGAGGCCAAUGACUACACAAUGAGCAAUGCGGAGCUGCAAAAGCAGCCGGAGAGCCAAACAGACUUGGCCUACGACGAGAUGCAGCCAAAUGAGAAGCCAGCAGUGGAGCCACAAACAGAGGCAGAGAAGCCAGCAGCGGAAGCAGCAGCGCUGCCAGCAGAGCCGCUCUGCGAGCAACUGCAGGCGGAGCAGGAGGAGCAGGAGCUGAAGAGCAGCAGCAGCAUCACAGCCGCUGAUACAGCUGAGAAACCAAAGGUCACAGAGCAGCCGCUAACGCCGCCGCCACGCCCACUCACCUCCAGCGAGGUGGUGGGCCACACCGAGCCCGAUGAGCCGGAGCUGCGCGUCCGACUGCAGGCCAAGAAAUCCCGUUCGCUGCCCACAUCACCGCAGCCGCUGGUGUCGCACAAUUUGAGCGCCGUGGGUCUGUUCGAGUUUGGCAAGAAACCCUCCGUGAUGCCCACAGCUGUGGAGCUGGAGCAGAAGCCCAAGCUGGAGGCCAAGCUGGAGGCCAAGUUGGGAUCACGCAAGUUGGGAUCGCUGCCAGCUGGCGGCAAUGCUCAGCAGUUUUGCCUGCGCUGGAACAACUAUCAGUCCAAUCUGACCAACGUGUUCGACGAGCUGCUGCAGAACGAGUCCUUCGUGGACGUGACACUCGCCUGCGAGGGACACUCGAUCAAGGCACACAAGAUGGUCCUCUCCGCCUGCUCGCCAUACUUCCAGGCGCUUUUCUACGACAAUCCCUGCCAGCAUCCGAUCAUCAUUAUGCGCGACGUCAACUGGAGCGAUCUGAAGGCGCUGGUCGAGUUCAUGUACAAGGGCGAGAUCAAUGUGUGCCAGGAUCAAAUCAAUCCGCUGCUCAAAGUGGCCGAGACGCUCAAGAUUCGCGGCCUGGCCGAGGUGAGUGCUGGCGCCGGCUCUGGCUCUGGCGCUGGUGCUGGCCUAGCAGGCGCCUCCUUGCUGCCGGAGCAGCGCAUGACUGUCUACGAUGAGGACGACGACGAGGAGGAGCUGGCUGCGGCGGCUGCGCUGCUGCGCCACGAGGACGAGGACGAAGAUUCCGCCGCACUGCUGAAGCCCAAGCGCGCUCGUUUGCUAGCCAAGCUGCAGGCCGAGUCCGCGCUGGAUCUCAACCAGCGCCAGCGCAAACGCUCGCGGGACGGCAGCUAUGCCACGCCCAGUCCGCUGCCACUGCCGCUGCGCGUGGAGUCGCCGCCAGCACGCUCGCUGGCCACGCCCACACAGCCCCUGGCCAUGACUACAUCGACCAUAGUGCGCAAUCCGUUCGCCUCGCCCAAUCCGCAAUCGCUGCAGGCGCAUCUCUCGGGCAGCUCGUCCUCCGCCUCCAGCAGCAGCUCCGGCAACAACUCGGCCACCAACGGUGGCUCCAGCGCCAGCUCAGGCGCCAUUUCCAGCGCCUCCAGCGGCUAUCGCGCCUCCCCACCCCCAUCGGGCCGAGCUCACAGCAAUGGCUCCGCCGCAGCUCUAAGCUCGCCCACAGGCCACAACGCCAACGCCAUUGGGUCGUCCGUGCCCCAGUCCCCCUUGCCCCCACACAUGGCUGCUGCCGUUGCCGCUGCGGCCCAGGGCCAUCAUGCCCCCGCCCCGCCCGCAUCCAGUUCGUCAAUGCAUCACCAUGCCGCAGCCGCUGCAGCUCAGCAGCUGGCGGCGCAGCAUCAGCUGGCGCAGUCGCAUGCCGCGAUGGCCAGCGCCUUGGCCCUGCAGGGCGGCGGUGCAGCGGGCCGCCAAGCCGCCUCAGCGGGUGGUGCGGUGGGCAAUGCCGCCUCGGCCGUGGGCAGCCAUCAUGAUGACAUGGAAAUCAAACCGGAAAUUGCUGAAAUGAUACGCGAGGAGGAGCGGGCCAAAAUGAUUGAAAGCGGCGGACAUGGCUGGAUGGGACCUGCUGCAACAGGCACAUCUGUGGCGGCAGACAGCUACCAGUAUCAGCUGCAGUCCAUGUGGCAGAAAUGCUGGAACACCAACCAACAGAAUCUGGUGCAGCAACUGCGCUUCCGCGAGCGCGGCCCACUCAAGUCCUGGCGUCCCGAAGCCAUGGCCGAGGCCAUAUUCAGUGUGCUCAAGGAGGGGCUCUCGCUCUCCCAGGCCGCUCGCAAAUACGACAUACCCUACCCUACGUUUGUGCUCUACGCCAAUCGCGUCCACAACAUGUUGGGACCCUCGCUCGACGGCGGCACCGACCCGCGGCCCAAGGCGCGCGGACGCCCCCAGCGCAUUCUGCUCGGCAUGUGGCCAGAGGAGCUCAUUCGCAGCGUCAUCAAGGCGGUGGUGUUCCGCGACUAUCGCGAGAUCAAGGAGGAUAUGGGCGCACAUCAGUAUGCCAAUGGACAGGCGCAUGGCGCACACUUUGGCUCGGGCAAUAGCUCGGCAGCCGCCAAUGGCUAUCAUAAUGCCGCUGCCAAAAUGGCGGCACAGAAUGCCGUGCUGGCUCCUCCAGCGGGCAGUCCGCUGAGUUCGAUGACGGAGACGCUGCGUCGACAGAUCUUGUCGCAGCAGCAGCAGCAGCAGUCGCCGCACGCACAGUCCAUGAACAUGUACAAGUCGCCAGCGUAUUUGCAGCGCUCGGAGAUUGAGGAUCAGGUGUCCGCUGCGGCGGCCAAGCAUCAGCAGAGCGAGCGUCGCGGCGGCGCAGAGAAUCUGCCGGACUUGAGUGCGCUGGGACUGAUGGGCCUGCCGGGCUUGAUGCCCCAGUCACAGCAGAGCGCACAUCAGCGCGGCGCGGAUGGCAAUGCGGGCGGCGCUGGCGCCGCGAUGCAUCCCAGUGCGGCCAGCUAUGCGCGCGAGUUGUCGCGUGAGCGUGAGCGCGAGCGCGAAAUGUCGCGCGAUCGCGAGCUCAAGGAGGCGAUGCAGGCGCGUCAGUAUGGCAACCAGUCGCGUGGCUCGAACUCAUCGUCCGCGGGCAGCAAGUCGGCAAUGUCGCAUGGCGGCGGCGCCUCCUCGAGCAGACCCAGCGCCGUUUCGCCCUACUCCUCCCACUACGGCAAGCAUCCAUCCGCCAAGGAGCAUCCCAACUAUGCGUACAACAAGCGCUUUCUGGAGAGUCUGCCGGCGGGCAUUGACUUCGAGGCCAUUGCCAAUGGGCUGCUGCAGAAGUCGGUGAACAAGAGUCCGCGCUUCGAGGACUUCUUUCCCGGCCAGGACAUGAGCGAGCUGUUCGCCAGCUCCGAUGCCAGCGCGGGCGCAGCUGCUGCCGCCGCCGCUGCUGCGGCUGCUUAUGCGCCGGCGGGUGUGCGUGAGUCGCCGCUGAUGAAGAUCAAGCUGGAGCAGCAGCAGGCCACAGAGCUGCCGCAUGAGGAUUGAUUGCAGCGGUUUGGCUGAGGCGUUGACUACUUCUGAAGCAGCCAACGCACACACACAUACAUACAAAUAAACAUAUAUAUUUGGACUGCUAUUUUAAAACCCCAACGUUUAGUGUUUAGCCUGCUAAGUGCUUAGUUCAAGUUGCUAACUGGUUUUUAUGCUUAGGUCUAGGCUUAGUACGUAACGGUAUGAGUAUUAACGUAAUCUUAGCAUGCCCCAUGGAACCUACUCCAAAUACAAACACAGACAUACACACACACCCAAACACACACAUACAUACUUCGGAACUUUCCUGUAAGGAUAAGAUCUCGCCUAUUAUUUAUUUAAAAAUUCAUUUCGCAUGCGCCUUAAUUUUGUGUUUUUUUUCACUUAC